GGGGACGGUUGGGAAGAAGAAACAAAAAAAAAACCCUGCUGAUGAUUGCAGCAGCAGCAACGCGGAAACUCGGACAAAAUGGCGGACGUGGUGGCAGAUGGAGAGAAACUCAGUAAAAAGACCUGCGCAUCAUGUUGACGCUGGUCAGAGCUGCCAGGCAGCCCGUGUGCCGGGCCGUGGGGUUACGGGUGCAGAAGUUUGUGCCUCACAUUCGGCAAGCGGUGCCUACGAUUAUUGAAGGAUGUCGCUGGAGAGGUGACAAAAGUGAGCUGAAGAGGCGCAUGAAGGCAGAGAAGAAAACUGCAGAGAAGGAGGCCAAGAUCAAGGACCAAGCAUCACAAAAUAAGGAGGCAAAUGACAAGCAGCAGCAGCAGCAGCAUGUGGACGGAAUGGAUGAGGAGACUCUCGACCCAAACCAAUACUUCAAGAUCCGCACGCAAGCCAUCCAGGCUCUAAAGGGUACCGCUGAAGACCCCUAUCCCCACAAGUUUCAUGUGGACUUGUCCCUUACCGAAUUUAUAGAGAAAUACAAUCACCUACAGCCUGGGGAGCAGCUAUCAGAUGUUGUUCUUAAUGUGUCAGGUCGUGUUCAUGCCAAGAGAGCCUCAGGGGCCAAACUGAUCUUCUAUGACCUGAGAGGAGAGGGCGUCAAGCUGCAGGUUAUGGCAAACUCUAGAAAUUACAAGUCAGAGGAAGACUUUGUUCACAUCAAUAAUAAAUUGCGUCGUGGUGACAUCAUUGGUGUUCGGGGUAAUCCUGGGAAGACAAAGAAAGGCGAGCUAAGCAUCAUCCCCAUAGAGAUGACCCUGCUGUCUCCAUGUCUGCACAUGCUUCCUCACCUGCAUUUUGGUCUAAAGGACAAAGAAACUAGGUUUCGUCAGCGCUAUUUGGAUUUGAUCCUGAACGACUUUGUGAGGCAAAAGUUUGUGACUCGUUCCAAGAUCAUCACUUACCUGCGAAGCUUCUUGGACCAGCUUGGUUUCCUUGAGAUCGAAACUCCGAUGAUGAACCUGAUUCCUGGAGGAGCAGUGGCAAAACCAUUUAUUACCUACCACAAUGAGCUUGAUAUGAACCUGUACAUGAGAAUUGCACCUGAACUUUACCACAAGAUGCUGGUGGUUGGCGGCAUCGACCGGGUCUAUGAAAUUGGUCGUCAAUUUAGAAAUGAAGGCAUCGACCUCACUCACAACCCGGAGUUCACAACGUGCGAGUUUUAUAUGGCUUACGCUGAUUACACUGACCUGAUGGAGAUCACUGAGAAGCUCCUGUCAGGAAUGGUGAAGCACAUCACAGGCGGUUAUAAAGUGACCUAUCACCCUGAUGGACCAGAAGGACAAGGCCAUGAAAUCGACUUCACUCCUCCCUUUAGGAGAAUUAGCAUGACCCAUGAUCUGGAAAAGGAAAUGGGAGUGAAAUUCCCUGCAACAGACACUUAUGAUUCUGAUGAAACCCGUAAAUUCUUUGAUGAUUUGUGUGCUCAGAAGGGAGUGGAAUGCCCGCCUCCGCGAACAACCGCUCGCCUCCUCGAUAAGUUGGUGGGAGAUUUCCUUGAGGUGAAAUGCAUCAACCCUACAUUUAUUUGUGACCACCCACAAAUCAUGAGUCCACUGGCAAAAUGGCACAGAUCAGAGAAAGGACUAACUGAGCGCUUUGAGCUCUUUGUCAUGAAGAAGGAGAUCUGCAAUGCCUACACAGAGUUGAAUGACCCAGUCAGGCAGCGUGAGCUUUUUGAGCAGCAGGCUAUGGCAAAGGCAGAAGGUGAUGAUGAGGCCAUGUUUAUAGAUGAGACAUUCUGCACAGCAUUAGAAUACGGUCUUCCACCUACUGCAGGCUGGGGCAUGGGCAUUGACCGGCUCACCAUGUUCCUCACGGACUCCAACAAUAUUAAGGAAGUCCUCCUCUUCCCUGCCAUGAAGCCUGAUGACAAUAAGUCUGCCCUUCCAGCAGAGGGCACUUCUGUUUAACACUGUGACUUAUGAUGUGGCCUGAUCAGAAAUCAGUGAAACGGUGGAGAGAGAGAGAGAGGAUUUUUCAACACCAGGGUUCAGGUUUUUUGCUUGACUGCAGGUUAAAGAUUGAUGUUAAUGGUUUAAAGAAUUUGUUAUUGCAGUAAACGGGAACUAUCACUUUUUGUUUGUUUGUUUAACUCGGUUAGGCAAAAACCGUGAACCCUGUUUUUUACUGCUGCUUCCUGCUCUGUUAAUAUCAGGAUCUUACCAUGGAGCAAUCAAGAUGAAGAUUCAAAUUCAGCCAUAUUUUUCUCUAGUAAUGGUUUUAAUGCCACAUGUCCUCUGUAUUUUUAAUGUUCACCAGAUCAUGGUCAUAGGAAUAAACCAUGUGUGUACUUAAA